ACUACCUGGUUCAGACGCUGGGGGUGGUGCAGCUGGACACGGAGGAGGACAUUCGGCUGCAGAUCAAGCUGCUGUGUGAGGCGCUGGACAACGUGAAGCGGCGGGUGAACCAGAUAGCCGGCUCCAACCACCUCAACCCCAUCGACUUCCCCACCCGCAACGAGCUGAACGAAGUGAAGAAGGUCAUCAUGGCGGAUAUCGCGGACAUUGACACCAAGUACAUCAAGGUUCAGAAGGAGGUGGGCUCCCUCACUCUGCGCCUGCCCGCCCUGGAGAAGAAGGUGGAGGGCAGCUGUCUGGGCGGGGGCGGCAGCGAGCUGGUGAACCGGCUGGUGGGGCUGGGGCUGGCCAGGACGGCAGAUGUGAAGGACACCGAGAACUACCUGGUGGACCGGGGUGCGGGAGUGAGUCGGCAGUUCGACAACCUGCGACGGGAGGUGCAGGAGUUCCAGGGGGAUGUGCAGGCCAACCUAGAGAAGCUGGUGACGCAGUUCAAUUCCAUCAACAAGCAGCUGCUGGAGGCGCGCAGGGAGGCGGCGGCACCCGCGGCGGCAGCAGUGGCGGCAGCAGCAGCGGCAGGGGCAGGGGCAGGAGGAGGAGGAGGGGGGAAUGCGGCGGCGUCCGCAGCCACUGCCGCCACCGCCGCCUCUGCGGCCGCCACUGCCGCACAGACGGCGUCGGAGGCGAGGGCGGCGGUGGAGCGGGAGAGGGCGGAGCGGGAGCGGGAGACCCGGGAGCUGCGCGAGCGGCUGUCCCGCGCUGAGAGCCACCUGGGGGGUGCGCUGGGGGAGCUGGGUCAGGUGGUGGGGGCGGAGCUGGGCAGCGUGAAGGAGGUGAUGGCGGCGCUGGAGGCGGCCAUGAACCAGGCUGACGCCGAGGCGCUCCGCCAGCUUCGCGAGCUGGACGCCGGGUUGCGGGGCUCGCUGGCCUCCCUGGAGCGCAGCACGGGGGAGCAGAGCGAGAUGACGGGCAAGGUCAUCAUGAAGAUGGCCCGCCAGAUCACGGAGAUGCAAGUGAAGCUCAAGGAGCUGGCAGCGGGCCUGGCAGCAGCGGCCGCAGCACCGCCACCCCCCGGCCCCACUCCUGCUGCUGCUGCCCCCAGCCCCCUCCCCAGCCCACACAUGCAGCAGCACCCGCACCCGCACCCGCAGCAGCAGCAGCAACAACCCUCAUCGCAGCAGCAGCAGCACUACCUGCCCCACCCGCCGCAACAGCAGCCGCCCCCGCUGCUCUCCACGCGUGAGAGCGACCCGCAGCUCCCCUUCGCUGCCCGGCUGCUGGCUUCACAAGCCGCCACAGCAGCAGGAGGUGCAGGUGGAGGUGGAGGAAGUGGCGGCGGGGGUGCCGUCAGCUGUAGCGGUGCUGAGUCCCCUAUGAACGCGCCUGCCUCACCCGCGCUUGCUACCCGGAACAUGCGAGCCAGUCUCAACGGAGG